UUUAGUUUUUUCACUGCCAUGGCGGGAUCACUUUUACUUUUAUACGUUUUCCAAGGACUACUUCCCCUGAUCUGCGGGCAGCUGCGCUCGGCUGGGCCCUGGCGGCACCGGGUCCAGUGGCAGAACAACGGGCAGGUUUACAGUCUGAUGAGCACCGGGUCGGAGUACCAGGCUCCGGUUCGCUCCAGGAGCCAGUCGAGGGUGUAUGUGAGCGGCAGGAGGGACGGCACCAGGAGCCAGAUGUCCGGAGCGCACAGAGGAACCAUGCUUGUGAGAACCGGACAGGGUGAGUCCAGGGUGAUCAGGACCGAUCCAGGUGGAGAAGCAGGGUCGUAUGCACUAGGUAGACCCUUUGUGCCGGUGAAUGCUCAUGCAUCAGGGGCCAGGCAGCAGGGAACAGGAGCUGCAGGUUAUCCAGUUGCACGACGACUUGUCCCUGAACACAUCAACAGCAUCAAUGCAUCUGCACCGGGGUCUUCAGCUGAUGUCCCCGGGAGAAGAGGAGGUGUGAGGGUGGACUCUCCCGCAGGAGGAGAACCGGGACCCGGUGCGCCACCUUUACGCACGGUGCCACAGGCUGUCCCUGUCCUCCGGCAGACAGGUCCAUCCAUCCCAGGGUCUCCCACAGCUGUGGAGAGGGAACCUUCAGAGGAUGCUUCCAGCGAGGCGACCACAAACAGAGAGGACAUGGUUAACGACGACCCUCGAAACCCAUUUAAAAACCACAGGAAUUCAGUUUUCUACAACUUGUAUCCCAGCAGAGAGAGACCAGGGGCGCAGCGUCCACCCGACUCAGGAUAUGGAACAAGAUACUUUCAAAAUGGGCUGCCCGACCUUGUGCCGGACCCAUAUGCCAUCCAAGCAGGUGCUUACAUCCAGCGCAUGCAGAUGUACGCGCUCCGCUGUGCAGCUGAGGAGAACUGUCUGGCCAGGUCGGCUUAUGGACCCGGCGUGCGAGACAUCGACUUCAGAGUCCUCCUGAGGUUCCCCCAGAAGGUGAAGAAUCAAGGCACCUCGGACUUCCUGCCCGUCAAGCCGAGAUAUCAGUGGGACUGGCACAGCUGUCACCAGCACUACCACAGCAUGGACGCCUUCAGUAACUACGACCUGUUGGACGCCAUCACUGGACGUAAAGUGGCCGAGGGACACAAGGCCAGUUUCUGCCUCGAGGACACCGGCUGUGACCCUGGAUUCAGGCGGCGCUACGCCUGCACAUCCCACACACAGGGUCUGAGCCCAGGAUGUCAUGACGUCUACGCCGCCAACAUCGACUGUCAGUGGAUCGACAUCACUGAUGUUCCUCCAGGAAACUAUAUCCUGAAGGUUACUGUCAAUCCCAAUUUCCACGUCCUGGAGUCGGACUUCACCAACAACGUAGUGAGAUGUGAUAUCACGUACACAGGAAUUUAUGUUCAGACGCGGAACUGCAGAGUAGCAAGGUAA